AGAAAAGAGAAACGCAUAAAGAAAAGUCCAGAGUAAGCUAAAGUGAAGAAAACAAAGGAAAAGAAAAUAGAAAAGCAGUCAGCGGAAAGAAAAACAGAGCUCAUCGUUACAAAGCGGAACAGCUCAAAAGAAGGUCGUUGUCGCCUCAGCUGUUGCCAGGCCCUGUAUAAGCGGCUGAUUCCUCUACCAGUCUACCACUCCUGCCCCGCCUUGCUUGCCCACGGCUGCUCUCAGUUAUUUCAAGAAUACAUCAGCAGCCACGGGAAGAAAUUAAAACAAAAACUUCCUUAGAACCUGCCGGUGCGAAGGAUAUCCACGGGCCUACGUGCAUAUAUAUAUAAAGUAGCUGAACGACUUGUUGCAGGGGAAACAUGAAAGGCAAAGUGCAGACAGUGUGUGGCCUGGUGGAGCCCUCCUCUCUUGGUAGAACCCUUACCCAUGAACACCUUUAUAUGGACUUUGGGGAUAUAUUUCUUCCAGCAAAACCUGAGGACAAGCCCUUAGAAGCAUCUGAUUUUACCUUGGCCAACCUUGGCUGGAUUAGACAGAAUCCAUAUAGCAAUAAAAAAAAUUUGCAGCUCAAUUCAACAGAAGUUAUGGCAGCAGUGAUGCGGGAGAUGGAACAGUUCAAGAAAUAUGGUGGUGGUACCAUUGUGGAAAACACUUCUUUUGGGAUCAAAAGAAAUGUAAAUUUCAUGCAUGACAUAUCCAUGAAGCAUGGAGUCAACAUUGUAGCAGGGGCAGGUUAUUAUUUAAUGGUAACUCAGAAGAAAGAGACUUUGGGAUUAUCUGUAGAGGACAUGGCCAACACAAUCACACAUGAGCUUACCACUGGAUGUAAAGAUGCUCCACAUAUCAAAUGUGGCUUCAUUGGGGAAAUUGGAUGCUCAUUUCCAUUAAAUGAAUUUGAACGAAAAUCCAUUCAAGCAUCUGGAGAGACUCAGGAAAGCCUUGGUUGUCCAGUAAUGAUUCACCCAGGCCGCCACCCCAGUGCCCCAGAAGAAAUAUUCCGUAUCUACACAGAGUCUGGUGGAGAUGUCAAGAAAAUGGUGAUGGGACAUCUUGACAGAACCUUCAAUGAUGUGGAAGCUCUUUCCGAAUUCGCAUCUCUUGGAACUUUCUGUGAAUAUGACUUGUUUGGUAUAGAGACUUCUCAUUACCAACUUGAAACAUCCACUGAUAUGCCAUCUGAUGCCCAGCGAAUCCAGCGCAUCAAACACCUUGUGGAUAAUGGCUUUGAGGAUAAAAUUCUCAUUGCUCAUGAUAUUCAUACAGUGCAUCGCUUGGAAGCAUAUGGUGGCCAUGGCUUUUGUCAUAUUUUGAAAAACAUUGUCCCAAAGAUGCUGCAUAGAGGAAUAAGCAAUGAAGUUGUGGACAAGAUCUUGAUUUCUAAUCCCAGUGAUUGGUUGAGUUUUUCAAAAUAAGGCAGGGUAUGUAUGUAGUUUCAGAAAGAGACAGCUCUAUUGCCUACCACUCAUAUGGUGCUUGCAGCUCAUUUUUGCUUCCUAUAAUAAAAGACUGAGAGGUGGGCAUUAGUAUGUAACCCUCCUGUAAUGUCUUUGGCAAGAAAAUAAAAGUCAUAGCCCCAGAGCAUA